AUGGCCGAUAACCCCGACGUCCCGGACACUCAAAAGGCCUUCGUGCCACUCGAAAACAACCCCGAAGUCAUGUCCCACUUAGUCCAUCAACUCGGUCUCCCCCAAACCCUCGGCUUCACCGAUGUCUUCUCCAUCGACGAACCAGACCUCCUCGCCUUCGUGCCCCGCCCCUCCCACGCCCUCCUCCUCGUCUUCCCGGUUUCCACCACCUACGAACAAUCCCGCGCCGCCGAGGACAGUGCUCUUCCAGAAUACACAGGCUUUGGCCCCGCCGAGCCCGUGACCUGGUUCAAGCAGACGAUCCGUAACGCGUGCGGGCUGAUCGGGCUGCUGCACGCCGUCUCCAACGGCGAGGCCCGCAAGCACGUCAUCCCGGGUUCCGACUUGGCUACAUUGCUGCAAGAGGCGGAGGGCCUAGCGCCGAUGGCACGGGCAGACCUUCUGUAUGCGAGCAAGGCGCUGGAGAGCGCGCACGCCGACGCGGCGAAGCUGGGGGACACAGCGGCGCCGGAUGCAGAAAACAGUGUGGACCUGCACUUUGUGGCGUUUGUGAAGGGGACCGAUGGGGUGUUGUGGGAGCUGGAUGGACGACGGAAAGGUCCGUUGGCGCGGGGCAAGCUCAAGCCAGAGGAGGAUGCACUGAGCGAGGCGGCGCUAGAGCUAGGAGUGCGGCGGUUUUUGAAAACAGAGGCACAGGGCGGGAAUCCAGAUUUGCGGUUUAGCUUAGUGAGUCUGGGACCUGUGUUUGAUUGA